AAAUAUAAUAUGGCUUCUGCGGAUUUAAACAGCAUAACCUCUCACAUCAACACCAAGAUUUCAACUAUCAAAAAGUCACUUCAGUUGAGAAAGAUAGACCAGGAACCCUCUUUGAAGACAGCGCUCAGUAAGAUCGUCCACGAAAUGUUUCUCUUAAACAACUUCCUGAAUCAGCUGGAAUUGGAAUGCCACCAUCAGGAGAGGCAGCAGAAUCAACUCAAGGAGCUCGAAGAAUCUGUGGAGAAGGACUAUAAUGAAGCCCAGCAUCUCAUGGAAAAUAUACCCAUCCACCUGCCCAAAGCAAUUCUGAACAGCACUGCGGGCUUAACAGUGAAGAACGAGGAGCAGCAUAGAGAUGCAGAGGUCGACCGUGCAAAGAAGCCGGCCAAAGAAGCCAAGUGCAUUAAAGAGGCGCCCUUUAUCACGGCAGAGGAAUUUGAGGCUGUCCCUGCGUACAUGCGAGGCCGCCUAACCUAUAACCAAGUGAAUGCAGUGAUUCAAGAAAUCAACAAGGCAGUGGUUAGCAAGUACAAGAUCAUGCGCCAGCCUGCUAAAUCCAUGUCCAGCGCCGCCAGAAACCUCUACUUCAGAUUCCAGGCAGAAGAAACCAAGGAUACGAAAGGCGAGUUCUUUAUCGUGGAGGCCGAUAUCGAAGAGUUCACGCAACUGAAGGCGGACAAACGUUUCCACAGCAUCCUGACCAUUCUGCGGCACUGCCAGAGACUGCGAGAGAUCCGCGGCUCACGGCUCGUUCGCUAUGCCGUCUGCUGAGGUGCCGUGAGGGCGCCCGGGCCUUGG